AUGGCCUCAAUUCGAAAUUGCACAAAGAUUGCUUACAAACCUCCUUUUGGAGGCGCUUUUGCGCGCCUUCCAUUAACUUUAAACUCUUCCCCUCAUCUUUUCACAAGAAGCACGAAACAUUUUUCAAGCCGGGCGGGGGUUCGGGCUCAGGUAAUAAGUCGCGGCAUACUUAAAAAUUUGUCGAAUCCAACGUCGCCUGCACCUGCACCUGUUCAUUCUCCUAUACUACUUCUAAUUCAACCAUGGCAAUAUGAAACAACUUCUCGGAGAACUUUCACGUGUAAUAGUUCGCAGUAUUCACCUAUUUCAAGAACAUUUCGUCUGUCAAAAUUAAAGUUGGGUGCUGAUUCAUCUGAAAAUGGUUCAAAAAAUGAUAACGAAGGUGGUGACGGAAACCAAAGCGAUGGUGUUGGUAGUGGUGGCGAUAAUCCUGGUAGUGGGAAUAAGGGUGAUGGUUCAGGGAAAGGUGGGGAUGGUUCGGGAGAUAGUCCUCCUCCCCGAUCCCCGUUCGAAGGUAUCCAAAGGACUUUGCAUGUAUUAGAAACAACAUUACAAAAACCUUCGAUACCUGAGGUUUAUCCUCAGGUUUUGGCCUUGCCUAUCGCUCGAAGACCAUUGUUUCCUGGAUUUUACAAAGCUGUUGUCAUAAAGGAUCCGCAUGUCACUGCUGCCGUGAAAGAAUUAAUGAAACGUGGGCAACCGUAUGUGGGAGCAUUUUUGCUAAAGGAUGAGGAAUUGGAUGUAGAUACUAUAACAGACAUUUCUCAAAUAUACAAAGUGGGCGUUUUCGCCCAGAUCACGAGCGUUUUCCCAGCUAACGGUGGCCAAGAUGAAAAUUCUUUGACGGCUGUCUUGUAUCCUCACCGACGUAUUCGUAUUACCGAACUUUUACCGCCUCUUCCAAGCGGGGCUUCCGAAGCGGACGUCGUUUCCGAAUCGGUAAAACAAACGUCUGAGACAACUAGCAAGCAUAAGGAGCAUGAACCACAAUAUGCUACUUCUUUCCUGGAGGACUAUAAUGUCUCACUUGUCAACGUAGAGAACCUCAAUGACGAAACGUACAACAGGAAAAAUCAAGUGAUCCGCGCCAUAACAUCAGAAAUUGUUGCUGUUUUUAAAGAUAUUGCGACUUUGAAUCCUCUCUUUCGCGACCAGAUAGCAAAUUUCUCAAUGUCCCAAUCAGCAGGAAAUGUAUUUGAAGAGCCUGCAAAACUCGCUGAUUUUGCUGCGGCGGUAUCCACAGGCGAACCAAACGAACUGCAAGAAGUUCUCGAAAGCUUGAUCAUCGAAGAAAGACUGCAGAAGGCUUUGCUUGUACUUAAGAAAGAAUUAGUAAAUGCCCAGCUACAAAGUAAAAUUAGUAAAGAAGUUGAAUCAAAGAUUGCCAAACGCCAAAGGGAAUAUUAUUUAAUGGAACAGUUAAAAGGAAUAAAAAAAGAAUUGGGAAUUGAAUCAGACGGUAAAGAUAAACUUGUCGAAAAUUUUAAGGAGAAGGCCGAUAAAUUAGAAAUGCCUGAUGGCGUCAAAAAAGUUUUUGAAGAAGAAAUCAAUAAGCUUGCCCACCUAGAGCCAGCAGCUUCUGAAUUCAAUGUCACGCGCAAUUACCUUGAUUGGCUCACUCAGGUACCGUGGGGCCAGAGAUCUCCAGAAAAUUAUAAUAUUGGACAUGCUAUGAAAGUACUCGAUGAGGAUCAUUACGGUUUACAAGAUGUGAAGGAUCGAAUCCUGGAGUUUAUCGCUGUCGGGAAACUAAGGGGUACCGUAGAAGGGAAGAUUCUGUGUUUUGUUGGUCCUCCCGGUGUCGGAAAAACUUCUAUUGGAAAAUCAAUUGCUCGAGCUCUGUCGAGACAAUUCUAUAGAUUCAGUGUAGGCGGUUUGACUGAUGUUGCCGAGAUCAAAGGUCAUCGACGUACCUAUGUUGGUGCCAUGCCUGGAAAAGUUGUUCAAGCUUUAAAGAAG